AUGAAGGACGCAGAUAUCGUUGGCCAAUCCUUGGCCGAGGUCUUGCCUCAAACCAACAAAUACUGGUUCCAGCACAAGCAUCUACUCCAACUGAACCUCCUUCUUCUCGUUCCUCUCCUCUCAUCUUCAGUGGCAGGUUAUGAUGGGUCGCUUAUGAACGGUCUCCAAUCCCUCCAUCAAUGGCGCGACUACUUUGGUAAUCCAGUUGGGACCAAACUUGGACUGAUAAACGCCGCUCAGUCUAUUGGGUCAGUUGUGGUCUUGCCAGUCGUCGGCUGGGCAAGUGACCGCUGGGGAAGAAGAUUGGUCCUCCUCGCAGGCAUCAUCGGUGUCGUAUUGGCAACAAUCAUCCAGGCUACUUCAACGACCCUAGCCCAGCUUGUUGUUUCUCGUCUAGUAGUGGGUGCCUCGGGAAUGUUUGUCGUUCAACCGGCACCUAUGCUCAUCGCCGAGCUCGCAUACCCGACCCAUCGAGGAAAGUACACCAGCGCCUUCUGGACGAUGUACUACCUCGGAGCGAUCCUUGCUAGUUGGACAUGUUUCGGUUGCGAGAGCAUCCAGAGCAAUUGGGCCUGGCGUAUUCCUACCAUCAUGCAAGCAGCAUACCCUCUGGUUCAAGCGACCUUCUGGAUGUGGGUGCCGGAGUCACCUCGUUGGUUGAUUGCACAAGACCGCGCACCAGAGGCCAUGGCAAUCUUGGCCAAGUAUCAUGCUGGCGGGGACACCAACAGUCCAUUGGUCGUCCGAGAGAUGAGCGAGAUUGUUGAUGCCAUCCGCAUGGAGAAAGAGAUCAAAACACCAGGCUGGGGAGCAUUGGUUGAGACACCUGGCAAUCGCAAGCGGUUGUUCAUUGCCGUGUUCCUCGGCGCUGCUGCACAGUGGAAUGGCAUCGGCGUUGUGUCAUACUACCUUACACUCGUGCUCAACAGCGUUGGCAUUACGGACUCAUUCACACAAACGCUCCUCAAUGGAUUAUUGCAGAUAUUCAAUUUCGCGGCCGCCCUAUCUGCGGCUUUCCUUGUUGAUCGACUCGGUCGUCGAACGUUGUUCAUCUGGUCGGGCUUCGGAAUGCUGAUAUCUUAUAUCGUGUGGACCGCAUGCUCAGCAGUCAAUAGCAUGAAUGGAAGCAAACCGGCAGGUAUCGUGGUGAUCGUCUGUCUGUUUACAUUCUACUACCACUAUGACAUUGCUUAUACGCCACUACUAAUGUCAUAUCCAACUGAGAUUUUCCCGUACAGCCUUCGAAGCAAGGGGCUUACCUGCGAACUCCUCUCGAUCUAUAUAUCGCUGGUCAUCGCUGCUUUCACCAACCCGAUUGGCCUCGAGAAUCUUGGAUGGAAGUUUUACAUAGUAUUCUGCUGUUUCCUAGUCGUGAUUCUUGCAGUCACUUACUGGACCUUCCCAGAGACCAAAGGACAUUCGCUGGAAGAGAUUGUGCAGAUCUUCGAUGGUCCACAAGCAAUGAGAGAUGUAGAGGAGAGCGAGAAGGAGGUCAAGAAAGGCUUCGAGGUCGAGGCUACCGAGAAGAUUGAGCGAGUCUGA